UGUAGUGAAUAUGGGUGGAGGUGACAAUAUUAGCGAAGAUUAUGAACUAAUUUAUGAUCAGCCUAAUUGUCCUAUGACCACGACUGCGAGCACUACCAAUAUCAUGGCGGCCACUAGUCCUACGACCACCACCAUGGAAGCCACUAGUACUCCAACAACUCCAAGUAACUAUUUACCAAACAAUACUAGUACUGCUUCUCAAAAUUUGAAUAACCAUGCUUACCAUGGUGCAAAGGGUACUACUUAUAAUAUCACCUAUAAUGUGUAUAAUCACAUCCGUGAUUAUGAUUCUGGUUCCUUCUAUAAUGAUUAUCAUCACCUAUUACAAUUAUUAUCUCCUCAACAACAGCAUUUUCCCCACUCACAACCACCAAUAUCGCAGCCUCAACAACAGUAUUAUCCCCAGCCACAACCACCAACGCAGCCUCAACAACAGUAUUAUCCCCAGCCACAAUCACCAGCGCAGCCUUAUUUUUCCCAACCACAAUCACUAGCGCAGCCUCAACAACAAUAUUUUACCCAGCCACAACUACAAGUGCAGCCUCAAAAUUCUUAUGAUCCGUACUACGAUAAUUAUUACAAUAAUUAUUACAGUAAUUAUUACGGAUAUAAUUAUGCCGGCUGAUUAAUUUCUUUAUAAUUUGAUCUUCAAGUUGGCUAGACUUGCACCCAUUGUCAAGUUUUUUUCUUCUUCAGCAAUGAAUAAGCGAGUAUUAUUGAAUAUUUUAUUAAAUAAAAGUUUUAUUUUACUUUUUCGUAA